GUGAAGUGAGCCCUGAAAUUGUGAACGCGGGAAAAUCAAAGCAUCAAAAUUUCGUCACUUCUCAUUUCAAAUAUUCACAAUUCACAAUCAAAAUCUGAACCGAAACACAAAACCCUAAAAUGCCUCCAAAGAAGAAACCUAACAAUUCAUCAUCAUCAUUUUCAUCUUCAAAGAAACCCAAUCCACAACCAUCCAAAUACGGUAUUCAACACUUCUUCGAUCGCCACACAACUCAACAACAAAACUCUCAGAAACUUCAAUCCAACAAUUCAAAUGCAACAUCUCAAGUUGCUGAUGCUGCUUCCGAUUCUCGACCACCGCCGGAAAAAUCUACCGAUGCUGUUAAUGAGGCUGAUACGUUAUCUGAGGUGUCUCCAGAGAUGUCGAAGACUAUGUCGCGGAAACGGUUUAAAUUCUCGCCUGGAAUGUUCAUCAAGCAGAGUCAGGAUGAUGGGGCCGAUGAGGUUACAUGGAAGAUAUCUCCAGUGAAUGAAAGGCUUCAAGCAGUUUCAAAACGCAUGCCUAAGAUAAUUCAAGCAUUGGCUGAAUCUUCGAGGGCCAACAUGUUGCAAAUUCGCCGCUGCUCAGAAGAUAAGACUUCUCUGGAUAAAGGUGAUAAGGCUGACGAGUUGCUUAUUACAUCAACUCCCAAUGCAUCUACAAAAGCUCCGUUGUCAUUGAGUAAAUUAGGCCUGAAAAAAUUGAACCCUGACCGAGGUGUGGACUGUAAUGGCAAUCCAACUACUCUGAGCAACUCUUCAGUGGCUGUUGGAAGAAAUCCCUUCAGAACACCACCAUCUUUGUCUUGUCGCGAGCUUGCCAAGGAUGAUGAGCACAACGGACCAUCUGACCAGCCUUUUUUGAGGCAGCACAAAAAGGCAUUGCUUGAACUUUUAGAUCAAGUCGAAGAUGCAAUUGGUGUUGAUAAUGAUACAGUUUGUGAUAAAACCACUCAUUCCUGUAAUUCACAAGAUGGAAUUGCUGACGGGCUACCUGUCAGAGCCAACCAUCUAGUUGAAAGGACUAAAUCACAUAUACCUAAAGAGGUUGUUAGUGUUUUCUCCGAUUCUAGUUAUUUGGUUUUGGAGGUAUCUGAAAAAUCGCAACCUGCUGCUAAAGGCCCAUACAAGGUGCUUCGUUUACUAAAUGAACAAAGUGGAGAAGAGCGAGCUGUAAACUUGUGGGAUGAAUGGUCUUACAGUGUAGUCGCACCUGGAAAUACUGUGAACAUAAUUGGUGAAUUUGACGAAGGGGGCAGUUGUGAUAUUAAUCAUGAUAAUAAUUUUUUGAUUGUACACCCGGAUAUUCUUGUGUCUGGAACACGGGUCGCUUCCAGUUUUACUUGCCCAAGGAGAACUGUCUUAGAUGAAAGGCUAAAAUGCAAUGAGUACUCAACUGCAGCUUUAUGUGGAACCUUGCUUCACCAAAUUUUUCAGGCUGGGCUUACAAAUGACAAUCCUACAAUAGACUUCUUGGAGUCUUACACAGAAGUGGUUUUACAAAGAAAUGUUGAAAGUUUAUUUGCAUGUGGAGUAAAUGAAAAGGAUGUUCACAAAACCAUGAUUGAUGCUAUCCCUAGAAUAUACAAUUGGAUCAUGCUGUUCAGAAAUAUGGAGGAAAGAGAAGAUCCUAACGUUAAUUUUGGAAGUGUUAAUGGAAUGAAGAAUAUUGGCAUAUCUGAGGUAAUUGAUAUUGAAGAAAUGGCAUGGGCACCAAAAUAUGGUUUAAAAGGGAUGAUUGAUGCUUCGGUUAGAGUGAAGGUUCAUUCUAGAAAAGAUCGACCAGAGGGGAAGAUCAUGCCAGUAGAGUUCAAAACUGGAAAAUCACCUAGUGGCCAGACAUCAGUAGAACAUAAUGCCCAAGUAAUUCUGUACACUCUCCUGAUGUCUGAAAGGUACAAGAAGACCAUUGAUUCUGGUCUUCUGUAUUAUCUCCAAACAGAUCAGACACAGGGAAUUACGGUUCAAAGAUCUGACUUAGUUGGGUUAAUAAUACGGCGUAAUGAGCUUGCAAGUGAGAUUCUCAAAGCAUUAGUCUUGCAACAACUUCCACCAGUGUUACAGAGUACUAGCAUGUGCAGAGGUUGUCGACAUCUUAAUGUCUGUAGCAUUUAUCAUAAGGCACAUGGUGGAAGCGUCGAGAACAAUGGAUUGGGAGAUAUUUUUGAUUCCAAUACUAAUCACUUAAGAUCAUCUCAUUCUAAGUUCCUCUGCCAUUGGGAUCAUUUGAUUGACUUGGAAGCGAAAGGGACUGAGUUCAUAAAGAAAGACGUGUGGCGUUCAUAUAAUUUGAGGAGUCGCAGCGCCGGUGGUGUUUCUUCUAUUGUUAUUGAUGCUUCACAAGGAAUACCUUAUUCAACAUCUCACGAAGAUAAUCGUUUCAUUUAUCGUUUUGUACCACAAGAUAAUUCUUAUCCCUCUAUAGUUUCUGAUGAUGAUCCUUCUAGUGCCUCUUUGAAAAAUGAUUUGGAUCUCACACUGAGAAGUGGUGACUAUGUGAUAUUGAGUAAUGAAUCGAGCCAUCAAACUAUUGCAAAAGGGGUGAUUUCAGAUAUUAGUCACAAUCAUAUAUCUGUUUCCUUUUCCAAGCUCUUGAGAAUUCCUGGGAGGUCUUCCACGGAACAUGAUCUCCUUCAGCAGGUUUGGAGAAUCGACAAGGAUGAAGCUGUGACUUCAUUUGCAAUUAUGAGGUUUAAUCUUGUACAACUUUUUCUACAAGAUGAUCAAAGUGGUCAUCUCCGGAGGAUGAUUGUUGACCUUGAGGCUCCUAGAUUUGACGGUAGCUCUAUAGUUAGCCAUGAUCCAGCAAUAUCUUACGUUUGGUCUGAGCAGAGUUUGAAUGAUGAUCAACGUAGAGCAAUUCUCAAGAUACUUGUGGCAAAAGAUUAUGCACUUAUAUUAGGGAUGCCUGGAACGGGAAAGACAUCCACCAUGGUCCAUGCUGUGAAAGCCUUAUUGAUUAGAGGGACAUCCAUUUUACUAACAGCCUAUACAAAUUCUGCUGUUGAUAAUUUACUAAUCAAGUUAAAAGCACAGGGCAUUGAUUUUGUACGUGUUGGAAGACAUGAAGCAGUACAUGAAGAGGUUAGAGGGCACUGCCUCUCAGAAACAAACGUAAAGAGUGUUGAAGAUAUCAAAAUAAGGUUAGAACAAGUCAAAGUUGUUGCAGUUACUUGUUUGGGCAUUUCCAGUCCCCUGCUUGCCAAUAGGAGAUUUGAUGUAUGCAUUAUGGAUGAAGCUGGGCAGACCACUCUGCCGGUGUCCUUGGGCCCUCUAAGAUUUGCUUCAACGUUUGUUCUUGUGGGGGAUCAUUAUCAACUGCCACCACUUGUCCAUAGUACAGAGGCCCGAGAGAAUGGCAUGGGGAUGAGUUUAUUUUGUAGGCUUUCAGAAGCUCAUCCACAGGCAAUUUCAGCUUUACAGAGUCAGUACCGUAUGUGUCAGGGUAUUAUGGACUUGUCAAAUGCCUUGAUAUAUGGUGACAGACUGAGGUGUGGUACAUCUGAGAUAGCUAAUGCCAAACUUGAGUUUUCUGGCUUAAACUGCAGUUUGCCUUGGCUAGAAAAUGUUUUGAAUCCCAGAAGGCCAGUGAUAUUUAUAGAUACUGAUAUGCUGCCUGCCUUAGAGGAAAGGGAUCACAAAAUUGUAAAUAACCCUAUUGAAGCUCACAUAAUCGCUGAGGUUGCAAAGGAAUUGGUAAAAAAUGGAAUUGGAGGAGAGAACAUUGGCAUUAUUACUCCCUAUAAUUCACAGGCAAACCUCAUACGACAUGCUACUUGCAUAACAUCCUUAGAGAUACAUACCAUUGACAAAUACCAGGGUAGAGAUAAAGACUGCAUAUUAGUAUCUUUUGUACGUUCUUGUGAGAACCCAACAAGCUGUGUCGCUUCUCUGCUGGGAGACUGGCACAGGAUAAAUGUGGCUCUUACUCGUGCUAAGAGAAAGUUGAUAAUGGUGGGGUCUCGUAAAACUCUAUUGAAGGUUCCAUUACUGAAGCUUCUGAUAAAGAAAGUUGAGGAGCAAUCUGGAAUUUUAAAUGUAUCUAAGAAGGAUAUCUAUAGUAAAGGAGAGCUGAUUAGAUGCUCUCAAAUUUCAUGUUCAGAACAAACAUUAGAUGUUCCUAAAUGAUGAGUCAAAAUUCUUUUCCCCAUUUUGAGAGGGGCUUGCGCAAUAUUAUAUACCAGAUGUAAAUAUGUAAUGUAUGAGUGUGUGUUUUGGGACUAAUUUAGAAAUGAAAUUCUGUAUAGUGUUUUAGUACA